UUUAUUUCUUCUCAAAUCCAUCCAUCGCAAAACCAACACCAACCACCGGCUGCCAGUGACCUCCUACUCCAGCCAUCUUUCUUAUCACAUUUCAUUUCAGUGUUAAAACAAGAAUACACACAUAGACCCAACUGUAUAAGAAAAUUUUCGAUCACAUUUCCGAUCUUCUUCAUUAUCAUCGUCGCCAUUGUUGGGAUCUACCUUCUAUCAGAUCAAUUGUUCUUCAUCAUCAUUGUCAUUUUUCUUCGGCGUUCUUCUUUUUCAUCUACCUUCCACUGUUCUUCCAUCGGCGGUUCUUGGUGAUUAAAGGUGGUGAUGGUUGGUUGGUGGUAAUUGUAGGCAGCGGUGGCUCAUAGUGAUUGUAGGCGACGGUGGCUGGUGGUGAUUGUCGGCGGCGGUGGAUGGGGGUGAUUGUAGACGGCGGUGGCUGGAGCUCAUUGUAGAUGGCGACGGCUAGAGGUGAUUGUAGAUGGCGGUGGCAUCAAGUGAUUGUAGACAACGGUGGGCGGUUGUUGGUGGUCAGAGCAGUAUGGUUGGAUAAAGUUACUGGAAGAGUUUGCUUAAGGAUCUCCUCCAAGUCAAUGUCAAUAACUGGAAUUGAAGAUCGUAGAUACUGGAAUUGGGUUCAAAACGAAGAAUCUAGGCCAACAAUGCCAGUCAUAUCAGUUGUGAUUCCUAGGCUAAAGACUAAUCAAUUGCGGUGGAGUUUCAGUGGCUCAUUUGAGGCAAAGCAGUCGCCUAUUGUCAGGGGUCUUUUCCCCAUGCUUGGCCUUGCUGAUCCCCGUCAUCCUGCGGAAUCUACAAGUGCAACUAAUGAGUCGAUCCUAAAAGUUGCACUUAACCACGGGAAGACCUCUGGGGUGAUCAAGUCACAUGAUCGGGUUGUUGUAUGUCAAAAAGUCGGAGAUGCUUCCGGGGUCAAAGUUAUUGAGCUCGAAGACUAGAGCUAGGAGGCUACCAUAUUUUCAUCUAUGGUCUAGUUUCUGAACUCCCGCGUUUUUAUUUAAGCUUUUGUCAUCCUAAAUUUUGGAAGUAGGCGUUGGAUAUAUCGCCACCAAAUGCAAGGAAAACUUGAUGUUAUAACAUCUUUACACAAAAUACUUGACUGUAAACAGGGCUUAAUGUUGGCUGUAGGAAAUCAAAUACUUGUACUAAUGCUCCUUGCCAUAGAUUUGUGGGCAUGCAUACAAUUUAAUAAAAAAUGGUCUUUGGUGCUAUUCUGGGACUCAUCUUAUCUUAUGUAGAAUGUAUAAUAAAAAUGGUUUUUAGUGCAA